CAGCCGGUGGAGGAGGCCGUCAGGCAACGGAAGAGAAGCAUCCAGUGGCACUCUACUCCAUCCCAGAGCGAGAAGUGAGCUUGGAGAACAGAAGCAAGAAGGGGAGGGGGGAGGGAGAGUGUGUGGGUGCGUGUUACCACAAAUGUCUCACGUUACAGCAGAGCGUGGUGUAGAGAAUUGAUGGUAUCCACACUCUCUCUUAUCCUCUUCUACUCUUAAGGCUGAGCUGAACAGGAGGGGGAGAGAGAGAAGGCGGAGGAACCGAUCCGGAGAUCUGACGGAAGGAGAGCCGGUGGGCAUGGAUUUUGACGACCAUGAUGAGGGGGAGGAGGUGAUAAGGAUGCCGGUGGGUUCGAGUUACGAUAGCCCCAUGGAGAAUUCGGGUCGAGGAGGAGGAGCGAAGAUGGGCGGAGGGGAAUCGGCGGCAACGAUGGCGGCGGGGGGAUCAGGCCACCGGAAGGCAUACGGCUGCGGAGGCGGAGUUAGGUAUAGGGAGUGCUUGAAGAAUCACGCGGUAGGGAUCGGGGGGCAUGCGGUGGACGGGUGCGGGGAGUUCAUGGCGGCGGGCGAGGAGGGGACGCUCGACGCACUCCGCUGCGCCGCCUGCGGUUGCCACCGCAACUUCCACAGGAAGGAACCCGAGGGAGGUGGCGCCGGGGCGGGAGGGGCCACCGGAGGUGGGGGUGCAAUGGAGGUCGCCGGAUACCACCCUCAGUUCUCGCCCUACUACCGGACGCCGGCGGGGUACCUCCACCACCACCACUACGCCGCGGCGGCAUUCGCGUCGCAACAGCACAGGCCAGCCCCGCUGGCGCUGCCGUCGACGUCAGGCGGGCACAGCAGGGACGAGCAGGAGGACGUGUCGAACCCGAUGAUGGGGGACGGCGGAGGCGGCAUGGUGGCGUCGGGGUCGGGGUCGAGGAAGAGGUUCCGGACCAAGUUUACCCCGGAGCAAAAGGACAAGAUGCUGGCCUUCGCGGAGCGGCUGGGAUGGCGGAUUCAGAAGCACGACGAGGCCGCGGUACAGGAGUUCUGCGAGGAGACGUGCGUCAAGCGGCACGUCCUCAAGGUGUGGAUGCACAACAACAAACACACCCUCGGUAAGAAGCCCUAAAGCUUCCUCCACUUCCUAUUAUCUUAUGAAAGAGACGAUGGGGAUCGAGUUAGGGAGGUUUCUUCUUCUUCUUCCUCAUUUCUUUGGUUAAGUUCUUCGGUCUGCUAGUUAGCUGUUCUUAUUGUGAUCCCCUGGAUCUAUUGUAGUUCUGUCGGAUGCCAUCGUAGCUUCUCCUUUGCUUCA